AUGGGCGACCAACGUGGCACUGGUGACUCCCAGACCGUCACUCAAAGACUGAACAGAGUUGUCGAGCAACAUCCUGACAGUCUGGCCGUUAUUUGUACGCACCAACCCGCGAACCUCUACGGCUUCUGCAGUACAGAGUUGGACGAAAGGAAGUACCGUCAAAAGCCAUAUUUGCGAUGGACCUUUAACACUCUCAGUAACGCCAAAAAAUGCUUAGCAGCCGGUCUGCAAGCUAAGGGUGUCAAGCAGGGCACACCUAUUUUCGUAUUCUGCCAAAACCAAGUGGAGUUCAUCCUGUCUACAUUAGCAGCUUAUCAUCUGGGGUUGAUCCAUGUUCCAAUGAAAUCAGAGACACUGGGCAAUCUAGAAGAAGCACAGCACAUAGUGAACGCAGUCAUUGAUCACGAGCAGCCAAAACAAGUGGUCAUUCUUACAGAUAAUGAGAGUGCAGCUAAAAAAGUCGAUCAACUAAAGCUGCCGCUCCCUGCUCUMAAGAUUUUGGUUGAAGGGCAUGGCGCUAAUCAUGGAGGAUGGAUACCUUUCGCUUCUCUGUUUGAAGGCCAGAAGCCUACCGUUUCUGAACCGUGCGAUCAAAAGCAGUCUUUCAAGGAGUGUUCUGUUUUCUUCACAAGCGGUUCCACAGGCCUGCCAAAAGGCUGCUUCAUACAGAUAGCACGAUGGUUUGAGGUUCUCGAGCCUUCCUUAGGACUAGGAUCAGCCUCAUCAGGGGACGUCCUCGCGGUUACGGUUCCGAGCACCCACGCAUUUGGUUAUAUAUGCACUACAGUAUGUCUGCUUCGUGGGGCCUGUGUUUUGUUUCCUGGCCCAAAGUUUUCGCCCCAGGAGACCAUUGAAGCUAUGCACCAAGAGAAAUGCACUAUGGCGGCGAUGGUUUCGACUAUGGUGUACAGCUUGGCCGAAAUUUACAAUGCCUCUAAGCAGCAGAUGCCGUUGAAUCUCAAGAAAGUGACGUUUGCUGGGAUGGCCACUACUCCUGAUAUUCUCAAGAUCUGCAGAGACACCUUUGGUGUCUCCGCGGUUGAGAACUUCUUUGGUAUGACUGAGGGAGUAUUCACGACUACGGGGUUUGUGCAGGACCUGGACACUAUAAUAAAGGGAAACGAUGUAUCCAUUGGAAGGCCUGUGGCCAAGUCAGACGUUCGCAUCUGUGCCCCAGAUGACAAUCGUCAGCUACCAACGGGGUCUUAUGGUGAACUGCAUUGCUCAGGCUACUCAACAAUCCAACAGUACAUAGGCCGUAGGAGUGAUGAUUUCUACGAGGCCGACGGCAAGAUUUGGUUCAAAACAGGCGAUCGGGGUUUCAUUGAUCAUGACUCACAACUAUACAUUGCUGGUCGUUAUAAAGAUAUGAUUGUGCGCGGAGGACAGAAUAUUUCUCCUUCCAGGAUCGAAGCGGUUCUCACUCAGCACCCAGAGUUCCGUGAUCUGGAACCCCAAAUUGUGGCGGCAAGCGACCCGACUGCUGGAGAGAUUCCCUUCGUGGUCACAAAUAGGGAAAUUGACAAUGAACUAGUAAAACAGCUACAGGAUACAGUUCGCACUUCCUUAGGUGUUACGUAUGUCCCAAGUGGCAUCGUCUCUCUACAAGCGCUAGGUCUGGAUGAUUAUCCGAGAACAGCGGUGGGAAAGAUCAAGAAGACGAAGCUAACAGAAAGCGUGCGCGAGUAUCAACAACAAUCUCAGACACCGGUCGAUACUGAAAAUCCCGAUUCGUCAUCGCAGCUCGUACAAGCGGCUAAAGCUACUUGGGCACGUGUGCUAGGAUUUCAGGACGCUGACUUCGACGUGAACACUCCGGUAGCCCAGCUUGCCGAUAGUAUCACUAAUCUCACAGCUCGUGAUCGGAUCCAAAAGACAACGGGCAAGAAUGUUCCCCUUGAAGAAUGGAUCGCAGCGACAACAUUUCAGGAUCAAAUCACCCUGCUCGAGAGGAGUGAGACUGAAAAGGGACCCUCGGAAAGAUCUCCAAGCGAAAAACGUACGGGGCCGCCUAGAUUGGAAGAUAUGGUUCAUUUAGAUGGUGACAAGGACGAGCUAAAGGCAACCAAGACCGCGGUUGAAAAAACAAUCGCGAAAAACGGUCUCUCAUGGGACGAUAUCGAAGACGUGUUCCCUUGCACGGACUUCAUGCAGAUGAUAUGCAGAUCUCGAAUAAUCAAUACUUGGAACAUCCGCACGUCAAUUGUGUCCCAAGGCGCCAGUAUUCAGGGUAUGAGGGCAGCUCUAGAGGCCGCCAUAGCCAAUAAUCCUCUGAUGCGGGCAUUUUUGGUCGAUGAUCCUGCUACUUUAGGCUCAACACUUAGUCUGUAUGUGACUAUACGCCAGAAUCAGAAGUUUCUUGACCAGUGCAUUUUGGACUAUGGCACUGUGAAUACUUUGAAAGACCUUGAAAGGAUCACAAUGGAUUAUCCUUUCAAGGACCAUGCAAUGCUUCCUGGACCACUUUUCCGCGCUCUGGUCGUAUUUGUGCAGGAAGUAAAUUCGGCCGCCGUCAUUACCAAUAUCUCCCAUGGCAUUUUAGACAUCGUCUACUUACGGCUGUUUAAUGAAGAUAUUGACUGUGCCCUCGGGGAACAGUCUUUGCGACCGCAUAUACCAUUCAAAGCUUGGGCAGACAACUUCUACAUACACAGGACAUCGACGGCGGCACAAUCCGCGGUCAACUUCCAUGCAGAGUAUCUUCGCGACCUCAAAGAACAUCAUCAUGUACUCUGGCCCCAUCCGACAUAUCAUCUGACGGUUUCAUCAGAGCGUGCCAACAAGGACGGUCACCUUAUUACAUUUUCAGCUCCAUCAUUUGCCGGCCUCCGAAGGAGGUAUCCGAAGCUCACGCCACCGAUAAUACUAAAAGCAGCUCUUGCACUACUUGUCAUAUCCCGAACAAACCACACCCACGCGGUAUUUCUGAACCUUGAAGCCGCUCGGGAGGGAUUCCCCUUCUCACCCGACUCACAGGGAUCCUUUGAGGCUGCUGACGUCGCAGGUCCGACAUUUGGCGGGGUAGUGAAUCUCAUUGCUUAUAACCCCAAAGAGCCUGUGCUAGACUAUAUGAUGCGAGUUCAGCAUGCCCAAUCACAGUUGACGGAGCAUUCCAGUGUUCCGUGGUAUGAAGUUUUUAAGCGGUUAGACUUGCCAGCCGCUGCCACGAUGUCCGAGAUUGCGGAGUCGUUGAUCUUCAAUUGGGUAUCCGAACUUGGCCCGCUAAUGCGAGGGCGCAAUCCUUUCGAACGAAUGACACUCAAACAGACGCAUAUUCGGACAAAGUUGGGGAUGCUUGUAAAUGCAGGAGCAGGCGGACCUGAUGGAAGUCAGAUCAUAAUACAGUUGCAUGGGGCGUUAGCAAAUAUGUCGUCCAUGUGGGUUGAGAAUGCAGCAGAAGAGUUGAAGAAUAUCGCUCAAUGGCUGGCAGAUGAGCGGUCAUGGUCGCUUCCGGUGGCAGAAUUUACUCGUCACUUGCAUUGA